GUGUCAUUCACAGAAGCAGUAAUUUUAUCUUGUCAUUUAUGAUUAGUCUGGAGAUGAUGAAGGUUGUGUUGUUCGGUUAAGGGGUCUCCCAUGGUCUGCAACAGAAGCUGAUGUUGUCAAAUUCUUUGGAGAAGAUGUCCAGAUAGUGGGGGAUGGAAAUCAGGAAGAACAGGGCGUACAUUUCACAUUUUCACGAGAGGGGCGACCAAGUGGGGAAUGUUUUGUGGAGUUAAUUGAUGAACACAAUGUACAGGAAGCACUAAAGUGUCAUAACAAACAUAUGGGAAACAGAUACAUUGAGGUUUUCCGAUCAAAGAAAAGUGAAAUGGAUUGGGUGAUAAAAAGGGCAGGACCAGGACAAAUGCCGGGAUCAUGCGAGGCUGUGGUCAGAUUACGGGGGUUACCUUUCGGUUGUUCCAAAGAGGAGAUUGCUCAGUUCUUCACAGGGUUGGAGAUUGUACCAAAUGGGAUAAUGCUACCAGAGGAUCGACAAGGGAGAAGCACGGGGGAGGCAUACGUCCAAUUUGCAUCACAGGAGAUAGCCGAAAAAGCUUUAUCCAAACACAAGGAAAGAAUUGGGCACAGAUACAUUGAGAUCUUUAAAAGUGGCAUGCAGGAAGCCCAGAAUGCCAUGGGACAGACCCCCAGGAUUCGGCCCCUGAUGGGUGGUUCUGGUGGGGGCAUGCAGCGGCCUGGACCCUAUGACAGAACCAACCGCUUUGGAAUGGGCGGUGGUGGUGGAGGCAACAUGGGAAUGGGUGGCAGUCCUGGAAUGGGCAUGUCUGGAUAUGGCAUGGGCCGUGGAGGUCGUAAUGUCAAAGGAUUCUUCGAAGAUGAUUUUGAUGACUUCAGUGGAGGUUAUGGACCAGGACCUGGUUAUGGUAGUGGAGGUGGUGGUGGAGGUGGCGGAAUGAACCGCAGAGGUCCCAUGGGAAUGAGGCAGCAACAACAGAGAGGAAGAAUGAACAUGAUGGGAGGAGAUGGAGGAAUGGGUGGUGGAAUGGGAGGACGCAUGGGAGGAGGAGGUAUGGGUGGUGGAAUGGGAGGAGGAGGAGGAAUGGGUGGAGGAAACCGACAAAGAGGAGCCACCCCAGGAAGUCACUAUGUCAGCCGGACUGGUCACUCUGUACACAUGAGGGGGCUUCCUUUCCAGGCCCUAGAAUCAGACAUAGCAGAGUUCUUUGCUCCAUUGACGCCAGUGAGGGUAGAGUUUGAGUUUGCUCCUAAUGGUAGACCUACAGGGGAGGCUAAUGUCGAUUUCAAAACUCACUCAGAUGCGGUUGAAGCUAUGUCAAGACACAAAAAAAAUAUGCAACACAGAUACAUAGAGCUCUUUUUGAAUUCGACCCCGGCUGGACGACAGAACUACGGACAAGGUGGAGGAUUUAAUGGAGGGGGUGGAAACAUGGGGAACAUGGGUGGAGGCUAUGGUGAUGGUGACGAUUUUGAUGAUUCAGAGGAUUUUGAUGGCGGCAUGAACAAUUUUGGAGGUGGAAUGGGCAAUAUGGGAGGUGGCAUGGGUAAUAUGGGCGGUGGUAUGGGCAACAUGGGUGGAGGUAUGGGCAACAUGGGUGGAAAUAUGGGAAAUCCAAACUACACUGCAUUCUGAUAGACAUUUUCAAAGUUUUGAAAGACUCUCUCUUUUGAAUGAAGUUACUAGCCAUAUAGAGUGUUUGUUCUCCAGGAUGUGACAUUUAUAUGUGUUUUUUUAUUGUUGUUUAUGAAUUAUCUCCAGAUCAUGAAUAUCUCAUUUUACAUAGUGCAUUGUUGUUCAUUGUCAUAAUUUCAGUGAAUAUUAUUUGCUGAGUUUACGUGUAUAUACAUGUAAACUCGGAAUAAAAGUGAAAAAUAUUUAAA